AUGCCACAAUUCUUUGGCUUGGAGAAGCUAGCAGGUGAAAAGCUGCCAGAUGAAGCUGACAGAUCUCCGGCGCGGAAAAGCAGCCAGUUCUCUGGCUUGGAGACUGCCAGCUCUCUGGCUCGGAAAAGCAGCCAGUUCUCCGGCUUGGAGACUGCCAGCUCUCUGGCUCGGAAAAGCAGCCAGUUCCCCGGCUUGGAGACUGCCAGCUCUCUGGCUCGGAAAAGCAGCCAGUUCUCCGGCUUGGAGACUGCCAGCUCUCUGGCUCGGAGAAGCAGCCAGUUCUCCGGCUUGGAGCCCCCCGGCUCGGAAAAGCUGCAAGUUCUCCGGCUCGGAGAAGCUGCCAGGUCUCCGGCUGGGAAAAGCUGCCAGGUCUCCGGCUCGGAAAAGCUACAAGGUCUCCGGCUGGGAAAAGCUGCCAGGUCUCCGGCUCGGAAAAGCUACAAGGUCUCCAGCUCGGAAAAGCUGCCAGGUGUCCGGCUCGGAAAAGCUACAAGGUCUCCGGCUUGGAAAAGCUGCCAGUUCUCCAGCUUGGAGAAACUGCCAGUUAUCUGGCUUGGGAGCAUGUGUUGUAUUUCUUCUCACUUGUAA